GACUGAAAGAGAAGGAGAGGGGAAAAAAGAGGUAGAGACAUGAAAUCUGACUGAGAAAGGUUAACAGGACCGACCGACUGACUGAGCAGAGUGGGAGUGUAAAAUGUAAAAGCGAGUAGGAGGGAAAAGAGAGAGAGAGAGAGAGAGAGAGAGAGAGAGGAGAAGAGAAAAGAAGAGAGAAAAAGGAGGAGUGUGUGUCUGAUAGGCAGUCUGUUGAGCUUGUCUGGAAGCCUCCUUUCACUGCGCUCUGUUUUGCUUUUUCACCUGCAGACUGCAAGGACGACACGAGCCAGACAGGUGUGUGAGGAGCGUCUGCCUUCAUGCUGUCAACAUGAAUGGACCUGCUGCAUGAAGAUGGAUGCACACGGAGACACAGACGGGUGAAUGGAGGAACAUGAGGCCAUGAAGUGUCAGUGUGAAUGACAAGCACAGUGAGCCAAUGAGCUUCACAACGAACCCGGCUCCAGUCCCAGACAGGGACAGCCUCCCGCUUAAAAAGAGGGACCAACGGCCAAGUUCACCUCUGCAGCAGCAGCAGCAACAUCAGCAGUGUGAUGCUGCAAAUUUCAAGGCGCCAUACCCUUACAAGAGCCAGGGCGAGUUUAAAACGAAACACAUGGGCCCAUUUCAACCUGUGCCGAGGCGGGUCCCUGCUCUGUACCAGCCCUGGAUGCAGACGCACACAUCUGCCAGGUCCAAGCCUCACGUCCUGUCUGCGUUCAGGGAGCAUCACGGCUGGGCAGAGUGGGGAGAGUUCAACUCUCUGCACCCUGGAUGGGACCACCACUUCCAGCACCAAAGCCACCCGUCUGCAGACCACCCAGGCCACUCGCACUCCGCCUCCAGAUUCAGUGCCGUCUCCCUGGUCAGUGAGGGUUUCCACAGAGGGAGUGGAGGGUACGGAUGGGAGAAGCUCAAGACGUUAAGGGACAACAACUUGAACCCAGAGAGGCUGAGCUACGGCAGGCAUAAAGGGCCAUAUGUAAGGCGAGGAGACAGAAAAACUGAAUAUUUCCCCAGGGUUGAAAAAGCAAGUCCUCCAUCUUUGAGCACGUGUCUACCUCACUCCCAACACGACGACUUGUCAACAAAAGCUACCAAACACUCUUUUUCUGGAGUUUCCCCUGACAGCUCAAACAGCACAUGCAUCCCCAUGAAGGAGGACACAUCCAGAUUUUCUGCUGCUGCCUCCGCUGCUUCGUCCUCCUCCACCUCCUCUAACCGUUUCCCCUGGCUGCUCCCUCACUUUGUGGCCGGUUCUCUGAUAGAGCUGAGAGACGGACGGCUGAGGAGGGUGGAGCACCUGCAGACCGAAGACUUCCUGCUCGGCUCGCUGGCCUGUCCGGACCUUCGCUUGAGCUGCUGCACGGUGCAGAGCAUCUCCCCUUCAGCCUCCUCCUCCUCCAUCUCCCGCCUCCUCAUCCUGCUGCAUGACCAGCAGUCUCAGGAGCUGGUGGAUGUGUAUGUGGAGUACCCAUUCUUUGUGCGUGGGCGAGGCUGGUCUUCUUGUAGCCCUCAGAGGACCGCUCGUCUCUGCGGCCUGCAGUGCCGCCAGCUCAGCGUGGGGGACGUCUGCCUGGCUCUCACCCCCGUCUCACCUCCACAGCCGCCGUCAGCCGCCCUGGAGCCAAGGACCUCACCCAACAAGUCAAAGGGAGGCUGCGAGCCCCUGAAGGCACCACAAACUGCCUCACACCCCCCAGUUACCCCAAAGCAGCAAACAGGAGAGCAGAAGAUGGGGGCAGAGGCAGUUCGCAGGAGACACUAUUCUGCCCCUGAGCUGAGAGGUCCGGGGACUAAUUGCAUGUAAUGAAGAUGUUUUAUGGGUAGGAACUCUUUAAAGCUCUGAUAUAAUCAGCCUGUAUUUGCUGUCUCUCUACCUCCUGAAUCAUAUGUCUGUGCUUGACUGUCAUUCUGAUGUGUAUCUAAGGAGUAACAGCUAAUGAGGAGUGAUAAAGUAAUAUUGACUCUCAGGAUCCCCUGGAGAUAAGCUGAUAUUAGCACACACUGUAUUCGUCAGGGUUAUCAGGGAUCACACAGACAAUGAGCUAUCACAGUUCAGAGUUGUGCUUUCUGUGAGCCUGAUCAAAGUCUGUAACGACGCCUAUUUCUGAUCUUACUCUUGAUAGAGAACUCAGGCUGGGUGAAACAUUUAUGAGAAAGUGGAGAACCAAAGUGUAAAUCUAUGUUGCCACAGGGAGCUGCUUCAGUACUUUUGCAUUUGAAGGAAAUCCAUAGGUUCAAAGAAUAUUGUUGGAGUUUUAGAGUGUUGGUAUUCUUUCUAGCGGUUCUGACUAAAUCAGCCCACGUUCCUCGAAAAGCACAUAAAAAUACUCCCUCAGGUUUUUCACUGCUGAUGAUAUCGUUUACAGUUACUCUCUCUUCUGCCUGAUAUUAUGUAAGACUUCUUCAUGAUCACAAAAGGAAAUUAGAAAUCAGAUAAUAUUUUACUCCAUUUAAGAGCGAAUUUCACAAUGACAAUCAAUAUAAUUCUUAAUUACACGAGUAGGAUUUAGUCUCACGCCUCUACCUCUAUUUUCUAUUUACAGAUCUGUGUUUUUAACAGUGUGGGCAGUGAUGUAAAGUGCUGUAUUGGGAGCACCCAGCUUCUCAGUGAACGUCAGUGUGAAUGUCUUUAUAUGCCUGGUUGUUUUAUCUAUGUAUAUAUAUAUAUAUAUAAAUGCUCUGCUUUUUGUACUGAUGCUCCUUUUUAAACGUCCAUCCUGAGUGGAGAUGCUCAAGCUAUUCUAAGUAUUUGAAAGGUGCAGUUUGUGUCAGGUCACAUUCAUUUGAAUGGGAUGAAAUUAAAAUGUGGAUUUUAUGGACAUGGUGCUGUACGCGAAAAAAGUUAAAAGAAAUAAAUGUGUAAAAUUUGCUUCA